GUUCUAUGCUCAAGGGCGGGGUUCUCGGUCGGUGAAACUGAAUUACCGGCCGAAGAAAACUUACCCUUGUUGAGCCUUGCGGUGUGGGAAUGCGCUGGACACUGCCUGUGAAAAUAGGAUCCCAAUAGACAUAUCUGGAAAUGUUUCAACGUUUUGUCACUAGUUACAGGAAAUAGAAAAGGACUCUUGUUUGACUCGAAAUAAAUUAUUAUUUUUCCUUCUCAGAAUGAAGUGACAUCACAUUUCAGUAACUGAGAUCUGAAAUCUUUACAACCAGAUUUUUUCUCCGCAACGGGAAACAUAGGAUUUGAUUUUGAUAAGGGUGGGAGGCGUGGGGUGGGGUUGGGAGCAUGGCUGAACCACGCCGUGAGAGCACCAGCAGCCUGCAGAGGAAGAAGCCUCCAUGGCUCAAACUGGACAUUCCCACUGCUCAGGUGUCCCUGGAUGAGCCACCCACCUUCGUCCAGCCGGUGAAGCGCCAGGGUUUCCUCCGCAGUAUCAGCAUGCCAGUGGAGCCCUCCCACCUCCGGUCCCCGCCUCGCGACCUCUUUGACCCCCGCCGGCCGCCCCUGCUACGCCAGUCCUCCAUCACACAGACCAUCAAGAGCAGCAGGAGGGUGCACUUUGAGCGGAUUAACACAGUGCCCGUUAAGGGUCAGCGGGCAUCUCGCCGUGGCCCCAGGAAGCAUCACUCUCUCUCCAGAACCCUGCUCAGGGGCACAGCGGACUGGUUCGGGGUCAGUAAGGACGGCGAUGCCACUCAGAAAUGGCAGAGGAAGAGUCUGCGCCACUGCAGCAUGCGCUAUGGCCGUCUGAAGCCCCAGGUGAUCCGGCAGAUGGACCUGUCCAGUCAGGACAACAUCUCUCUGACCAGCACCGAGACGCCCCCGCCCCUCUACGUACCCUCCUCAGCACACGCCUUUGGCAUGCAGAAGAUCGUGGACCCGUUGGCGAGGGGGCGUGCGUUCCGUAUGGUGGAGGAGGUGGACGGUUACAGCGUGCCCCAGACCCCCGUCACCCCCGGCGCCGCCUCCCUCUGCUCCUUCACCUCCUCCCGCUCAGGCCUCAACCGGCUGCCACGGCGACGCAAGAGGGAGUCUGUCGCCAAGAUGAGCUUCAGGGCAGCAGCAGCUCUGGUUAAGGGGCGCUCCCUGCGGGAAAACGCCACCCUGCGGCAGAUGCAGAGACGCAGCUUCACCCCUGCCAGCUUCAUGGAGGAGGACGUGGUGGACUUACCUGAUGAGCUGGACACAUCCUUCUUCGCCAGAGACUGUCUGAUGCAGGAGGAGUUGUCCACGUACGCUGACGAGGUGUUUGAGUCUCCGUCAGACGCGGCUGUGAUGGAUGUGGUGCAGGAGGAGGGCAGUAAGCUGGACGAGACGGAGCUGACCGGCAGCGCUCUGGACAAGAGUGAACUGGAGAGGAGCCAUCUCAUGCUGCCUCUGGAGCGAGGGUGGCGUAAGGCCAAAGAGGGAACCCCAGGACCACCCAAGGUGCCCUUGCGGCAGGAGGUGGUGAGUGUGAACGGACAGCGACGGGGUCAGCGCAUCGUUGUGCCCGUCAAGAAACUGUUCGCUCGGGAGAAGAGGCCCUACGGGCUGGGCAUGGUGGGGAAGCUCACCAACCGCACCUACCGCAAGCGCAUCGACAGCUAUGUGAAGAGGCAGAUAGAGGACAUGGAUGACCAUAGGCCUUUCUUUACGUACUGGAUCACCGUUGUCCACUUGCUGAUCACCAUCCUGGCUGUCUGCAUCUAUGGCAUUGCUCCCGUGGGCUUCUCCCAGCACGAGACGGUUGAUUCUGUUCUAAGAAACAAAGGUGUAUAUGAAAAUGUCAAGUUUGUACAACAAGAGAACUUCUGGGUCGGGCCCAGUUCAGAGGCUCUGAUCCACCUGGGGGCCAAGUACUCCCCCUGCAUGCGUCAGGACCAGCAGGUGCACGACCUGAUCCGGGACAAGAGAGACAUAGAGAGAGACUCUGCCUGCUGUGUGCGCAACGACCGCUCCGGCUGUCUACAGACCUCAGAGGAGGAGUGUUCGAGUACUCUGGCCGUGUGGGUGAAGUGGCCUGGUCAUCCCAGCACCCCUCAGCUGGAGGGCAGAGACAGGCAGUACGGCUCAGUGUGCCAUCAGGACCCCCGGAUUUGUCUCGAGCCAGCAUCGGUGGCACCGCAUGAAUGGCCUGACGACAUCACCAUGUGGCCAGUUUGCACCAGGUACAACACAGGGAACCACACCAACCUGCCUCACAUAGACUGCACCAUCACAGGCCGGCCCUGCUGCAUCGGCACAAAAGGGAGGUGUGAGAUCACGUCCAGGGAGUAUUGUGACUUCAUGAAGGGCUACUUCCACGAGGAGGCUACUCUCUGCUCCCAAGUUCACUGCAUGGAUGAUGUGUGUGGCCUGCUGCCUUUCCUCAACCCAGAGAUCCCAGACCAGUUCUACAGACUGUGGCUCUCUCUCUUCCUGCACGCUGGGAUCCUUCACUGCAUGGUGUCAGUGUGCUUCCAGAUGACCAUCCUGAGAGACCUGGAGAAGCUGGCAGGCUGGCUGAGGAUCUCCAUCGUAUACAUCCUGUCUGGCAUCACCGGGAACCUAGCCAGCGCCAUCUUCCUGCCCUACAGAGCAGAGGUGGGUCCGGCAGGCUCCCAGUUUGGCAUCCUGGCCUGCCUGUUUGUGGAGCUGUUCCAGAGCUGGCAGAUCCUGGCCCAGCCGUGGCGGGCCUUCAUCAAGCUGCUGUGUGUGGUGCUCUUCCUCUUCGCCUUCGGCCUGCUGCCCUGGAUCGACAACUUUGCCCACAUCUUUGGCUUCAUCUCUGGCUUCUUCUUGUCCUUCGCCUUCCUGCCCUACAUCAGCUUCGGACGCAUGGACAUGUACCGCAAGCGCCUGCAGAUCAUCGUCUUCCUGGUGGUGUUCUUGGGGCUGUUCGCCGGCCUCGUGGUGCUUUUCUAUGUGUACCCCAUCAAGUGUGACUGGUGUGAACUGCUCACCUGCAUCCCCUUCACAGACAAGUUCUGUGAGAAGUACGACCUCAACGCCCACCUCCACUGAGGAGUGGGAAGGUAGCGCCAGAGGAGGGGCAUCAGGUCAAGAGGCAUCGAUUGGCAGGUGUUAUCAACCAAUCCUUGUCUCUGUUCUGCCCUAUAGUGUGGCUAAAGAGGAGGGGAGGGUCCUGUGCGGAGCUCCCUCUCCUCUGGCUCUGUGAACUGAACUCUGAUGACAAUAUGCUUGUGUUUUUUACUCGGGCUGUCUGAAUGAAUAAGUAGGAAUGCCACUGCACUCGCCAUGAGGACUUGCAUUAAUCACAUUCUUUUCACCCCCCCCCCACACACACACACCAUUUUCUCUCCUCCACUGACCAAUGAGAGAAGGGUAUGGUCUAUCCCCUUAUCUAAGCCCCUCCCACAUUUCUCUCUCUCUUCACGUAUAAGGCAGGGUUUGGAGGAGUCAUCACUGGUACAAUAGACAGAAGGAAAUAUUUCUGUAUGUUUUUCAAUUUGUUAUUUUUUAAAAUUUUAUUUUCAUUAUUUUUAACACUCACAAUCCAGGAGUAGGUUUUGUAAUUAUUCAGGCAACCUCUCAAAACAACCAGGGACAAACAAAUCAGACAUUAAUACCUUUGGUGCCUUGCUGAUAAAUGUACCAACUACUGCCAUAUUUUUGUUACAAUACGUUAAGCACUCGAAUGCUAUCCUUUUAUUUGUUUGUUGCUUCUUAAGAAGUAAUGAUUGAUUGAAACAAGGUAGUGUUUUAGCUACCUAUCUACUCAUAUGUAACGGAAUACAACAGUAAAAAAAAAACGAGAAAAGAAAUCCGUCAGUGAAGUCUGUCUGAUUUUCUGUGGUGACUGAUGCUGCCCUUUACUUUCAGACAUGAACAUUAGUUACCUUUCCCUAACAAUCAGCUUUGUUGAAGGCACCACUGUUUUCGUGAUGUAUGUCAAUGUUAAAGGGAGUAUGAGGAGCUAUAAAAUCAGUGGCAUCGUU